AUGGCGCAAACAAGGAAGAACAGCUCCCUCCCCGCUGGCUAUGUCGAGGACAAGUCCAAGGGCCCUAUGCUCCGCUUCCAGAACUCUCUCCCCCGUCUGCCCGUCCCUACCCUCGAAGAGACGGCUGCCCGCUACUACCAGUCUCUGAAGCCCCUUCUCAGCCCCCAGGAGCUCGAGAACAGCAAGAAGGCCAUUGACGCCUUCAUUGCCCCCAAUGGCCCUGGUCGCAAGCUCCAGGAGCAGCUCGUCGCUCGUCGCGAGGACCCCAAGCACAAGAACUGGAUCUACGAGUGGUGGAACGAUGCGGCCUACCUCACUUACCGCGACCCCGUUGUCCCCUACGUCAGCUACUUCUACUCCCACCGCGAUGACCGCCGCCGCCGCGACCCCGCCAAGCGCGCCGCUGCCAUCACCACCGCCGCUCUCGAGUUCAAGAAGAUGGUCGACCAGGGCACUCUCGAGCCUGAGUACAUGAAGAAGCUCCCCAUCUGCAUGGAUUCUUACAAGUGGAUGUUCAACGCCAGCCGUGUUGCUGCCAAGCCCGCCGACUACCCCGUCAAGUUCAGCGCCGAUGAGCACAAGUACAUCCUUGCCAUCCGCAAGAACCAGUUCUACAAGAUCUACCACGAGGUUGGUGGCAAGCAGCUCAACACCGCUGAGCUCGAGCAGGCCUUCAAGCACGUCUACGAGCUUGCCGCUUCGCGCGCCCCCGCCGUUGGUGCCCUCACCUCCGAGAACCGCGACGUCUGGACCGACGCCCGCGCUACUCUCCUCUCCGCCGACCCCAAGAACGCCAAGGCUCUCGAGGCCAUUGAGGCUUCUUCCUUCGUCGUCUGCCUUGAUGAUGCCGCCCCCGUCACCCUCGAGGAGCGCGCUCACCAGUACUGGCACGGUGACGGCCAAAACCGCUGGUAUGACAAGCCUCUCCAGUUCAUCGUCAACGACAACGGCACUGCCGGUUUCAUGGGCGAGCACAGCAUGAUGGACGGCACUCCCACCCACCGCCUCAACGACUUCGUCAACGACGUCAUCUUCAACAACAAGCUCGACUUCUCUGACCCCUCGGUUCGCUCCAACCUGCCCGAGCCCGAGGCCGUCAAGUUCACCGUCACCAAGGAGGUCCAGGCCGAGAUCGACCGCGCCGUCACCGACUUCACCAACGUCAUCGGCCAGCACCAGCUCGCCGUGCAGGCCUACCAGGGCUACGGCAAGGGCCUGAUCAAGAAGUUCAAGUGCUCUCCCGAUGCCUUCGUGCAGAUGAUCAUCCAGCUCGCCUACUACAAGAUGUACGGCAAGAACCGCCCUACCUACGAGUCGGCCGCCACCCGCCGCUUCCAGCAGGGCCGUACCGAGACGUGCCGCUCCGUCAGCGAGGCCAGCGUGGCUUUCUGCAAGGCCGCCAACGAUGCCUCCGUUAACGACAAGACCAAGGUCGAGCUCUUCCGCAAGGCCAUCGACUCCCACCUCGAGUACAUCUCUGCCGCUUCCGACGGCAAGGGCGUCGACCGUCACCUUUUCGGCCUCAAGCGCCUUCUCGAGCCCGGCCAGGAGGUCCCUGCCCUCUACCAGGACCCCGCCUACAGCUACUCCAGCUCGUGGUACCUGUCUACUUCCCAGCUGUCUUCCGAGUUCUUCAACGGAUACGGAUGGAGCCAGGUUAUUGACCAGGGAUUCGGUAUUGCUUACAUGAUUAACGAGAACAGCCUCAACUUCAACAUCGUCUCCAAGGGCCUCGGCUCCGAUAGGAUGAGCUACUACCUCAACGAGGCCGCCAACGACCUCCGCGAUCUCCUCACCCCUACUCUCGAGGCUCCCAAGGCCAAGAUCUAA